GCGCUUCUCGGAUAUUUUUUGCAUUAAUUUUUGCCCUGUGCUUUUUGAACGGGGCGGCAGUUGCGCGUUUAUUGGCGGACACAACGGCGCGUGGACGUCGCAGCGGCGGGAAUCCAGCGCGGACAUGUAAGCGAGCACAGGCGAGCACAUUACGGAAACGUGACGGAGGAAGGCUUUCAUAAGAGCUACUUGUGACCAAUCAGGGCGCUCCGUUCCUCCCUGCGUGCUCCUGGUGUGUUGAUACAGAAAGGACAGCUUGCAUGGCUGACGGCUUCACCGGGCGCUACGACGCAUACACGCCGUUUUACCGUGUCGAGACCACGGGAAACAUGGUGGUCAACACCAUCCACUGGUUCAGGAAGGGACUUCGGCUGCACGACAACCCGUCGCUGAGGGACUCCAUCCGGGGAGCGGACACGCUGCGCUGCAUCUACAUCCUGGACCCCUGGUUCGCAGGCUCCUCCAACGUGGGGAUAAACCGGUGGAGGUUUUUGUUGCAAUGUCUCGAGGAUCUGGAUGCCAGUCUGCGCAAACUCAACUCCCGCUUGUUUGUCAUCAGAGGCCAGCCUACAGAUGUCUUCCCUCGAAUUUUUAAGGAAUGGCAAAUCACCCGCAUGUCAUAUGAAUAUGACUCUGAGCCAUUUGGCAAGGAACGGGAUGCAGCCAUCCAAAAACUGGCUAGCGAAGCUGGUGUGGAGGUCAUGGUGCAGAUUUCUCACACCCUCUACAGUCUGGACAAGAUCAUGGAACUCAAUGGUGGCCAACCUCCUCUCACCUACAAGCACUUCCAGGCCCUCAUCAACCAUAUGGAUCCCGUCGAGCUGCCUGCAGAGACAAUCACAUCAGACGUCAUGAAAACAUGUGCCACACCAAUCAGUGAGGACCAUGAUGAAAAGUUUGGGGUGCCGUCUCUGGAGGAGCUUGGUUUUGAAACAGAGGGCCUGACCACAGCAGUGUGGCCUGGUGGAGAAACGGAGGGGCUCAUGAGGUUAGAGCGCCACCUGGAGCGAAAGGCAUGGGUGGCAAACUUUGAGCGGCCACGUAUGAACGCUAACUCCCUGCUGGCCAGUCCCACAGGCCUCAGCCCCUACCUGCGCUUCGGAUGUCUCUCCUGCCGUCUCUUUUAUUUCAAGCUCACUGAUCUGUACAGGAAGGUAAAGAAGAACAGCACCCCGCCACUCUCCUUGUACGGCCAGCUGUUGUGGCGGGAGUUCUUCUAUACGACCGCUGCUAACAACCCUUGCUUUGACAAGAUGGAGGGGAACCCUGUGUGCGUCCAGAUCCCCUGGGACAGAAACCCAGAGGCACUGGCCAAGUGGGCAGAAGGACAGACAGGGUUCCCUUGGAUAGAUGCAAUUAUGACCCAACUGAGACAGGAAGGCUGGAUCCACCAUUUGGCGAGACACGCUGUGGCAUGCUUCCUCACCAGGGGAGACCUCUGGAUCAGCUGGGAGGAAGGGAUGAAGGUCUUUGAAGAACUGCUGCUGGAUGCAGACUGGAGUGUAAAUGCUGGCAGCUGGAUGUGGCUCUCCUGCAGUUCAUUUUUCCAGCAGUUCUUCCACUGCUAUUGCCCAGUUGGAUUUGGACGACGCACUGACCCCAGCGGGGACUACAUACGGCGCUAUUUGCCCGUAUUAAGAGGUUUUCCAGCCAGAUACAUUUAUGAUCCAUGGAAUGCCCCAGAGGAAGUGCAGAAGGCAGCCAAGUGUGUCAUAGGACUCCACUACCCCAAGCCCAUGGUGCACCAUGCAGAGGCCAGCCGCGUCAACAUAGAGCGGAUGAAGCAGAUUUACCAGCAGCUUUCCUGCUACAGGGGACUAGGUCUGCUGGCGAUGGUACCGUCCAACAAUGGUUCAAAUGGCAGUAAUGUUCCAGGAAUCAACACAGAGAGCCGUCAAGGUCAUGAAGACCGGUCCAUUAAGGAGGGAGUACCUCAUUUCGAAAGACAAAGCACACAGAAGCGGCGCCAUGAAGAAGCUCCAUCAGAAAUCAGCUCUAAAUGCUGGCGGCAGAGCAAAUAGAAUAGAGAAUACGCAGGGCCUCCCUAGUUGCUCUGUAGCCAGUGUGGUAGCAACUUGUCCUGCAACGCCCUCAGCAACACACAGGAACAAUCAAACGUGGGAUUUGGGUCUCACUCUUUGUCUAAGUUGGACUGGACAGUGUUCUGUCAUCAGUAUUUUGUAUAUAUUGUGGAAGACACAUCACUCGUCUCAGGAACAGAAGUAGGAAAUGAGAAUGGUCCAAAUGGUUAACGUGAACUAACCCUUCAGCAGCUGAUCUACAAAGUCUUCAAAUCAGGGUGUUGUGAGCCCACCUGUUGUCUUCCAGUACAGCAAAUCACUGCACGAGUGGUGAAAGCGCCAUAUGUCUUGUUCUUUUCCCUUUUAAACACCCACAUGACCAGUUUAAAAUAGGUGGUAAGGAAGCAGACUGUGUAUGCAGUAUUUAGUGCAGCUUUAAUUCUCAUAGUGAUCCUUGUCCUAAUGGCCUGCCUGGCUGGUCCUCCACACUAUAAUGCGGACCAACUGAGUUAUGGAAACCUAUAAUACAGGGAGUUACCUGUAGAUCAUGUUAACAGCUCACCCAUGAAUAUACAGUGAACUAAUAAAGAAGAGACGUAGAAGAAAGAAUAUGGAUAAGAGCCACAUUUGUCAAAAACAAGCUCCUCAUAUCAAGAAUAAGUCACACUGUCAAUAAUGUAAAUAAUGUAUGAGCAUUUUUACAAGGAUUUAUUUCAGAGCGGUGUGAUGUACAGUAGUAAAGAAUUCCAGGAGCAGGACUGUCAGACAUAAAAAGGCUGUCGUAUUUUGCAAAUAUUUAUUGUUUGGAUUUUCCACUUUUGUAUAUUUGGAACAGCUGCUUGUGUAAAUAAUGUGUUACCAAAACUCAAAGUUCUCCCGUGGUUGCAUGUGCUUUGUCUCCCAUGUGAUCAUUGAUCUAUUAUUUUUGUAUAAAUGAUCGAUUUUAACUGUGUUGAAAUGGUAAUAAAACACGGAAAAACUU